AAUUUCAACCAUGGGAAAGGUUCACCCCCAAGCACUACAAUCCUCUACUACCUGCAAGCAAGAGACUUUUACCCUAUGGAUGAAAUCUCUGGUACUGAAUGGAAAGGGAUGUACUGUCUUUGAUUCAAAUGGCCAAAUUGCAUACCGAGUUGAUAACUACAACUGCAGGCAUAGAGAUGAAGUUCAUCUCAUGGAUCAAAAUGGCGAUAUUUUGUUUACUAUGCUCAAAAAGCAAUAUAAGUUGUCCAGGUUUUGGGAGGGUUAUAGAUACCCAGCAACAAGAAAUGACCACAAAGGACCAUUCUUUCGAGUUUCUAAAACUUAUAAGAUCUCUAGAGGGGGUUCAACCUAUGAAGUUGAACUUGGAUUGGACAAAAGCCAACCAUAUACACAUAAAAUAGAAAGCAGCACUUGCAAUUCAGCUUGCAAAAUAUCUAACGAGCUAGGAGUGGUAGUUACAGAGCUAAGGAGAAAGAAGUCACAUUGUGGAGUUGAUUUGGGAGACGAUGUUUUCACAAUGGUAGUGGAGCCAAAUAUAGAUCUUUCCCUAAUUAUGGGGCUUGUUGUAGCGUAUAGUCUUAUCAACUGUAAAAUGUAAGUAUUUUGGAAGCAGUAGUUUGUACAAUUGUGAUUUGCACAUCUUGAAGAAGUCUUUGGCUAAAAGUACCAAAUGGGUUGCUAAAUUCAGUUUCUGGAUUAAGCUUUGGAGAUGUGUUUGGUGAUUGAAAGUUGAAAGCCCGCAAUGAUAUCCAAUCAUAUAAAAUGAUUUUGUUUUGAAGUCAUAUUUAAUUCCUUUUUUUUUUCUGCUGUGAAAUGCAACCAAAUCAAGUUGCUAAAGAAGUUGGGUUUGGCCCCAUGGUUACAACUUUCAAGAGUUCCUUCAGACGUUGGAUUAUUAUAAAAGGCCUAAUUUAAUUAA